AUAGAAAAAGAUAAAUGACUGAUAAUAAGAGAGAGAGAUUGGGAGAUUAUGAUGAGUCGAUUGAAAAUAUAAUUUUAGCAUCAAUAAUAUAAUUUUGAGUAAAGGUUGAAUAUCUAAAUUUCAAAAGAACUUGAUUUUACUGAAAUAUUGCUGCCCCCACCCACAAAUAACUAAAAAAAAAAAACGUCAAUUUUAACAGCGUUGAAAUAAUAGACGACAGAUAUGCCUAAGCCGUGAUCUGAUUGGUUGCCUUCGAAAAAUUGAAAUACGUUAUUUUUCUAAAUCUUACCGAUUCUGAAGCGCAGCUGUUCGGUUUGUCUUAUUUGAAAUUUCUAAUAAGGCAUCGCACGUUCAUCGGUUACUACCUGGUUUAACGUGAGAAGAAAAAAAAAAGACUGAAACCACUUCAAUUAACUAAUCAGUGGAAACAACAUCAUAGAAGUGUGUACCCUUGCAUGGUGGAGGCCGACCUGCCUACCAUCUACACCUCUUAGAACUUGAUACUUGCUUGUAUGCUUAGCAUCUAUCCACUCAAUGUUCACCUGCAAACCUAUGUUGUGUUCUAAUGUGGAAAACUUGUCUCCCCAAGUUAUCCGUCAAGUUGCUAAGGAACUUGCUGAUUUAUCCAGCAACCCUCCUGAAGGAGUAAAAGUCUUCCCCAAUGAAGAGGAUAUUACAGAUAUACAGGCUAGAAUAGAAGGGCCUGCCGGAACUCCAUAUGCUGGAGGUGUUUUCAAAAUGAAACUAGUUUUAGGAAAAAACUUCCCAACUGAACCACCUAAGGGAUUUUUCUUGACAAAAAUAUUUCAUCCAAAUGUGGCAAAUAAUGGGGAGAUAUGUGUAAAUACGCUGAAGAAAGACUGGAAACCAGAACUGGGGAUCAAACACAUUCUUUUGACGGUAAAAUGUUUACUGAUUGUGCCAAACCCAGAGUCUGCAUUGAAUGAGGAAGCCGGUAAACUGCUAUUGGAACAAUAUGAUGAUUACUCGACAAGAGCAAGACUAUACACUGAAAUCCAUGCAAAACCUAAACCCAAAGAGGAGCAGUCCAAUGUUCGGGACAAAUCCUCAGAUGGUCCUAUAGCCAAGAAACAUGCAGGAGACAAAUUUGCUGGUGAAAAGAAAAUUAUACCAGUUGACAAAAAGAAAAAAGAAAAGAAGAAAGUACUCAAGAGAUUAUGAUAGCUAUUUAAUACUUUGUACAGACUGUGAAUAAAUAGACUCACUACUUUAGUGUCUCUCUCUCUCUCUCUCUUUCUCUCUCUCAGUCUCUCUCUCUCUCUCUCUCUCUCUCUCGCUCUUUUUCAUACUGUUGUGAAUGUAAAGACAGGGCAUUUUCUGAUCAUCCACUGAAAAGUCUUGGCUACAGCUCCUACCAGAGGAUGGCUCUGGCAAUGGAACACCAAAAAGCCUGCCUCUCCCAUCUCAAUCACCCAUAUUGCUGAAGUCGCCAUCCUCGAUAUCCAUUCAGACUUAAACUGGCCGAUGACAGUAUUUGUGAGUGCAUCAUGUCAUCACUCUAAGAUUUUAAUAAAGUUUCAAGCAACAUA